AUGGCCAACCCUCCUUUGGCUUCAAACGCCAUGACGGUGCCUCUUGCUGAACAUUCCUUUUGGCGUAGGACUGCUAAGCUCCCGCCAUUGUCUCGGGAUCUUGCACCGUGCGAUAUAGCGGCACCCAAGACAAAGGUCACAUGUAUCGCCUGUCAGAAGCCCGGAUCGCUCAGAUGUUCUGGUUGUCACGACGCCGAGUACUGCUCAGCCGACUGCCAACAUAGUGAUUGGGAUGUGCAUAAACUGGUUUGCCGGAAGCUGUCGUCUUUUUGUAGCGAACCGCGACCAUCGAAGGAGCAUUUCAGGGUCUUGAUAUUUCCUUAUCAAGCAUCAAGUCCUGAGUUCUGCUGGGGAGUUUUCAAGAAACACGAGUAUGACGCUCAUGAACUCGAGAUCAUGCAUUCGACUAUCGACAGUUGGAGGGCAGCGACCAAAGGACAGUAUUAUGGCUCAGAUGAUUCCAACCUGAUUAUCCGUGCCCUCAGUCGGGAUACUGCUACGCAAGGGAAGACCCUCGGGCACGCAGUCAAAACUGCUUCCUGGAAGCCUUCUAAUAAAUCGAAAAGUCACCUCAGUGGUUUCAAUGAGACGGUCCUCGCUCUGGCUGGCCCUUUGAGCCGUCGAUUCUAUGGUCCACUUGUGUCUUUCGCAUACAAUGUGGAUAAUCAGUUUUAUUUCGAGACUAUGGAUGACAUAUCAGCUGCCGACUUCGGGGCAUUGAUCGAUGUGUUCCAUAACUCAGACUGGAACCCAAUCGUUGGGCGUGUUGAGAGAUAUCCUGCAAAGACCACUUCGGCACUUUUUCUCCCUGACCAUUUCAAUUUUCAUCGCAUGAACAGCCCUUAUACAGAGACUAUACCGAAGAGCCCUGAUGAGCUUUCGAUUAGUCACAUAAUUGGCACCGAGGAUGAAGUCAUUGAGGUGACUAUCACUUCAGCACUAGACUCUAAACAGCUUUGUCGGCACAAUUUCUGCGUAUCUGAUGUUGUAUCGAUUAUAGAGCUGUGCCUCAACGGGCGCACGUCUCAUGUGCUGCUACUGGGGCCUCUUCUCCUGGAUCUCCCCUGGAUUGGCAGGAUUUCUUGGAUCACUGACGAACAUGAUUCCGUUCUCGAGUACCGCUGGCAAGAAUCACGCUCUCGAUUUCUACGUCGGGGUAUUGUUCUUUGCUACAAGUUGCUAGGCAUCGACCACAUUCGUCAGGGCGAUGGACUGAUGGUCUUCAACGCAUUUGGCGUCAGACUAAGUCCACUCCAUCUGAUUGCUUACGAUGAAUUUAUGUUUUGCCAACUCCAAACGGACAAAUCGAAACGCCAGCUUUCCAAGCUUGGCUUCCUCUCAUUUUGGAAUGACCUCAAGUCAGGCAGGGUCAAGAUAACAAAGGAGCUCAAGAAGCCGCAAUACUCCCAGCUCAGGUUUCUCGAGUUCUGGGAAGAUUCUGAAGCGAGCGAGGCCAACACAACGAACCAAAUCGAACUCGACUUCUCUAAGGAAUCGUGUCCAUAUGAUUGCCCUGCGGAUGUAAAGCAAGUCCUGACUCAAGACGAAAGUCAAGUAUUUCUAUAUGUAAGGAAGCUGUUUCGGGAUCCGGACUUUGUCAGGGCCAAUCAGAGAGAUUGGUUGGAGAUACUCCAUGAUGCCAAUGUGGUUGUACAGGACAGGGCAUUGGGUCCAGCUUAUUGGGAUGAUGAACUGGAUAAGUUCUUUACUGAUCACAUAGCCGAUUUAAUAAAGAGUGAAUCUACUUAG